CCAUGAGUGUCCGUUUUACUGCUGCAGGCUGGACUCGUGUUUCGAAGAUCUCUGCAUUAACAUUGAAUGCCACGCUCCCUCUGAAACGCGAUGCAAAAUUAAAGGAGAAAAAAAAAAAUAAUAAAAAAAAUAAAAAAAUGGACCCGAUAACUUUAACAGCAGGGUAGGAAGGGAGGAAAAAAAAAAAACGUCUGGCAACACUCGAUAUUAAAAACAUGCAGAGGGAGACAAGCUCGGGGCCUUCCAGAGUCAGGAAAAAGACUUCGGAGAGCUGCAGACAGGAGAUGGCUGCAGUCGAUCCUGAUAGCCAGCCUGCAGAUUGCAGUCAGCCUGAAGCAGGAGAAAACGGUUCCCUGGAGGCGAUGGAAGAGGACAUCAGUCUGAAGAAGCGUAAAGGUGAUCGUCAUGGAGAGAAAGAGCUCCAGGCCGGGCAGGAAACUGGCGAAAAGGUCAAAAGGAAGCGAGGACGUCCACCGGCUGAGAAACUGCCUCCUAAUCCACCUGAGCUCACCAGACAACUGAACACACUGGUUGAUAUGGUUAUUAACUACAAGGAUGGGUUGGGUCGACAGAUAAGUAAAGGAUUUGUUCAGCUUCCCUCUAAGAAGGAGGUACCUGAGUACUACGAGCUGAUCCGAAAGCCUGUGGACUUCAGAAGGAUCAGGGAACGUGUUCGUAAUCACAAGUACAGAAGUGUGGGGGAUUUGGAAAAGGAUAUUUUCCUCCUGUGUCACAAUGCUCAGACUUAUAACUUGGAAGGAUCUCAGAUCUAUGAGGAUUCAAUUGUGAUUAAGUCUGUUUUCGAGAGUGCGAGACAGAGAAUUGUCACAGACGAGGAACAGAAAGAGACGGUUACCGCCAGUCACAGUGAUAAUGGCGGCAGAGCUGAAGACCAAUUUGUACAAUCAGCAGUGAAACCAUUACCAGUUCAGCUAAAGAAGGGGAACAAGGACGAGAGACGCAGAAAUACCAUGGCCAAAAGGCUCCACAGUGAUUUAGACAGUGAUGAGGAUCUAGAGGAAAACACUACAAAAGAUGAAGGUUGAACUGGAGGGUCCUUAUUUCUUUUUUUGUAUUCCUGUUCAUGUCUGUUCUCUGCCACAUCCCUUUUCAUUGGUUUUUUGAUUUUCUAAGCAAAAGAAAGGUCUUUGAAAAUAAAGUAGGAAGGACCACUUAAAGAAAGGCACUUAUGGAACAAUGCUUUCUUCUUUUAAACGACUCACACGUCUUGCUGCACAUAGUGCUGUUCUUUUAAUUUAGCUGGUCUUUUUACAAUAAUUAUAAUUUUCAAUUUAUCUGCCUUAGUCCCUGUGAUUGCUUCUGCAGAUAUUAUGUAAAAAACCAGUUUCACUGACUGUUUUUAAUCAAUAUAUUUGAUUGUAUGAAAUGCCUUCAUAUGUCUUGGAGCAUGAUAUGUACAGUAUAUCUCUCCUGAAGCUGGCUCCUCCAGAGCAGCGCCCGCUGAUGACAAUGUUGAUGUGUUCAGGGCUAAUGAGUCGAAGCACAUGGGACGGUCUUUUUAAAGAAAAAUGAGAAUUAAAGAACACUGUAAGUUUGUUUAAAAUCUCUGAAUCUGAUUUUAGAGAUGAUACAUCUUUGAUAAAAAAAAACCACAGUGGAAGUAUUAAGUCAAAGAGACUUGACAUAUACCAGUACCGACAGUAUACCUUUUGUCUGUUUCUGAUACUUGAUGGAACAUGUUUGGAUCUAAUCAAGGGUACUCAAGUUGAACAUUUGUGCCCCUUGUGCUACAGUAUAUUCUCAUAUUGUACAGUUUGUGUCAACAGUAAGUAAAAACUACAACUGGUUGUAGGGGAGAAAUGGAAGACAUCAUUGUUAAGACAAUCCCUGGAAACAUGUAUCAUUUAAACACUUGCAAAAUAAAUUUUACCA